CCUACGCUCCACAACAUGAAGAAACUUUCUUUGCUUCUUUUUCUUGUUCUCAUAGUUAUUCUACUUGUAAUAAUUUCUAAUGUUAGUUGCCAAGACAAAACGACUUUAUUUCUUCAUGUUGAUGACUCCAUAAAAGCCCCUCCUGUACCAGCACUGAUGUGGUAUGUGCUUACAUGGCCACCAACAUUUUGUCUGAAGCUAAGACCUCCAGCUCAGUGCAUUAAACCAAUUCGUGAUCAUGAAUUCACACUUCAUGGACUUUGGCCAGCUGAUGCAAAUGGAAAAACAAUUACCUGCACAAUUACUGUACCUGUAGAUUGGGACAAGCUGAUUCGGCCAAGAGAAUCACGACUCAAAACAUUCUGGCCAGAACUUAAAGAAAACCAACCCAAAUAUAGCAUAUGGAAACAUGAGUGGGAAAAGCAUGGAGUGUGUGGGUUAACAACAGCAGAACAAUACUUUGAUGCAGCC